UGAGCGCGAGCUGCCCGGCCGCGGCGAUGGGGGCGGCGGCGGCCGAGGCGGAUCGGACCCUUUUCGUGGGGAACCUGGACCCCAAGGUCACCGAGGAGCUCAUCUUCGAGCUGUUCCACCAGGCAGGUCCGGUGAUUAAGGUGAAGAUUCCGAAGGACAGAGACGGCAGACCCAAGCAGUUUGCAUUCGUGAAUUUCAAACACGAGGAAUCGGUCCCCUACGGGUUGAGCCUGCUGAACGGCAUCAAGCUGUACGGGAGGCCCAUCAAAAUCCAGUUCCGAUCAGGGAGCAGUCAUGCAUCUCAGGAUGGCAAUCCAUCUUUGUCCCCGCACGGAGCCGCCAACACCAGCCCCUCUGGCGCGCCGCAUCCAGCAUCAAACUGCAGCAGAUAUGACAGGAGUCCUGAUGGUGCGGUAGCAGCGGGAUUCUCGUCAGCGCAGCGGUCUCUGCCAUCGGCCGAUAACCUUCAGAGACAAGCAGUGAUGAACAGCGCCAUGUGGCAGCAACCUCAGUUUGGGGGGAAGUAUGAGCAGCCUGGCUUCCCCGUGCCUGCCUACCAGCACGCUCCCCACGCUUUUCACCCCUCGCCGGCCUCCCAAAUGCCGCGGCGCCCAGAGGUGCCGGCCCAGCGCAAGGGCAGGCUGAGCGCCCACCCCUACCACCCAGACAGCAGGCACUUCGGCCGCGAGCAGCGCUUCGGGGAGCGGGGACCCGACUACGGCAGGGGCAAGAGGGAGGAGUACGGCUUUGAGGAGAGGGGGCAUGAUGCCGAGCAUCACUACCGGGGGGGCAGAGAGGAGCCUGCCUAUGAAGACAGGCACCGGGACGGCUGGAGCCACGACUAUGACUACCGGAGGGAGAGCUACAGAGAGGCCAAGUGGCACCCGUCGCGGCAUUAACGCCCGUUCAACGGGCUCGUAAAGAACUUGAUGGCAAAGCCCAAUCUGUUUCUUACCGUGUAUAUGUAUAAAAAAACCU